CACGGACGAGGGGCAGGGCUGGCCCGAGAGCGCCAACGACAACGCCAGCAGGACCAUGUCCCCGGCCGCGGAGCGGCUCCGGUACAUCCUGGGCGAGGAGGACGAGGCGCCCAACCCCAACGCUGUUCACCGAGAUGGACACGCUGCAGCGCGACGGCGACGACAUGGAGUGGAAGGAGUCGGCCAGGUGGAUCAAGUUCGAGGAGAAGGUGGAGGAAGGCGGUGAGAGGUGGAGCAAGCCCCACGUGUCCACGCUGUCCCUGCACAGCCUCUUUGAGCUGCGGACGUGUCUCCAGACAGGAACGGUGCUCCUGGACCUCGACGGAUACUCCUUGCCCCAAAUUAUUGACGAUGUCAUCGAGAAGCAGAUCGAGGACGGGCUGCUGAAGCCGGAGCUGCGGGAGAAGCUCAGCUUCGUCCUCCUGCGCAAGCACCGGCACCAGACCAAGAAGCCGAUCCACCGCUCGCUGGCCGACAUCGGCAAAUCCGUGUCCUCCAACACCGCCCGCAGCCCCGUGCGGGGCCCGGCUGCCGGCGCCGCCUUCCACCGCUCCACCGAGGACCUGCGGCUGCGGCAGAGCACCAGCUACGGCCGCCUGCGUCACGCCCAGAGCCGGAGCAUGAACGACAUCUCGGACACCCCGAGCACUGACCAGCUGAAGAACAAGUUCAUCAAGAAGAUCCCCAAGGACGCCGAGGCCUCCAACGUGCUGGUGGGGGAGGUGGAGUUCCUGGAGAAACCCUUUGUGGCCUUUGUGAGGCUGCUCCAGGCCACCAUGCUGGGCGGGGUGACCGAGGUGCCCGUCCCCACCAGGUUCCUCUUCAUCCUCCUCGGCCCGGCGGGAAAGGCCAAAUCCUACAACGAGAUCGGCAGGGCCAUCGCCACGCUCAUGGUGGACGAUCUCUUCAGCGACGUUGCCUACAAGGCCCGGGACAGGGAGGACCUGAUCGCCGGCAUCGACGAGUUCCUGGACGAGGUCAUCGUCCUCCCGCCCGGCGAGUGGGACCCCAACAUCCGCAUCGAGCCCCCCAAAAAAGUGCCCUCGGCUGAGAAGAGGAAGUCGGUGUUCUCGCUGAACGAGGUGGGGCAGAUGAACGGCGCGGCCGGCGGGGCGGGCGCCGGGGGCGGCGGCGGCAGCGACGAUGGGGAGAUGCCCGAAGUCCACGAGAUCGGGGAGGAGCUGGCCUGGACCGGCAGGUUUUGUGGUGGCCUCUACCUGGAUAUCAAGAGGAAGCUGCCCUGGUUCCCCAGCGACUUCUACGAAGGUUUCCAUAUCCAGUCCAUCUCCGCCAUCCUCUUCAUCUACCUGGGCUGCAUCACCAACGCCAUCACCUUCGGGGGGCUGCUGGGGGACGCCACCGACAACUACCAGGGGGUCAUGGAGAGCUUCCUGGGCACGGCCAUGGCCGGCUCCAUGUUCUGCCUCUUCGCCGGGCAGCCCCUCAUCAUCCUCAGCAGCACCGGCCCCAUCCUCAUCUUCGAGAAGCUGCUCUUCGACUUCAGCAAAGGCAACGGGAUCGACUACAUGGAAUUCCGCCUGUGGAUCGGGCUGCACUCGGCCCUGCAGUGCCUUAUCCUGGUGGCCACCGACGCCAGCUUCAUCAUCAAGUACAUCACGCGCUUCACCGAGGAGGGCUUCUCCACCCUCAUCAGCUUCAUCUUCAUCUACGACGCCAUCAAGAAGAUGAUCGGGGCCUUCAAGUACUACCCCAUCAACUCGGACUUCAAGCCCGACUACGUGACCAUGUACAAGUGCGAGUGCGUGGCCCCCGACCCAGCCAACGCCACCUUGUUCGAUGCUUCAGCGCCAGUGGCACCCAACAGCACUAACGUGUCUCUGUCCAAUGCUCUCAACCUCACAGCUCUGGACUGGACCCAGCUGAGUAAGAAGGAAUGUCUCAAAUACGGCGGCAGCUUAGUGGGAAAAUCCUGCAAAUUCGUGCCCGACCUGGCCCUCAUGUCCUUCAUCCUCUUCUUUGGCACCUACUCCAUGACCCUGACCCUGAAAAAAUUCAAAUUCAGCCACUACUUCCCCACCAAGGUCAGGGCUUUCAUUGCUGAUUUUUCCAAUGUCUUCUCCAUCCUGCUCUUCUGUGGAGUGGACGCCUGCUUUGGACUGGACACCCCCAAACUCCACAUCCCCAGUAUCAUCAAGCCCACGCGCGUGGACCGGGGCUGGUUCGUGUUCCCCUUCGGCAAGAACCCGUGGUGGGUGUACCUGGCCAGCGCCCUGCCCGCCCUGCUGGUCACCAUCCUCAUCUUCAUGGACCAGCAGAUCACGGCCGUCAUCGUCAACAGGAAGGAGCACAAGCUGAGGAAGGCAGCCGGGUACCACCUGGACCUCUUCUGGGUGGGCAUCCUGAUGGCCGUGUGCUCCUUCAUGGGGCUGCCCUGGUACGUGGCCGCCACCGUCAUCUCCAUCGCCCACAUCGACAGCCUCAAGAUGGAGACCGAGACCAGCGCGCCGGGGGAGCAGCCCCAGUUCCUGGGGGUCAGGGAGCAGAGGGUCACCGGCAUCAUCGUCUUCGUGCUCACGGGCAUUUCGGUUUUCCUGGCUCCUAUCCUGAAGUACAUCCCCAUGCCGGUGCUCUACGGCGUCUUCCUCUACAUGGGCGUGGCAUCGCUCAACGGCAUCCAGUUCUGGGAUCGCUGCAAGCUCUUCCUGAUGCCGGCCAAGCACCAGCCCGACUACGUGUUCCUGCGGCACGUCCCGCUGCGCCGCAUCCACCUCUUCACGCUGGUGCAGAUCGUCUGCCUGGCCGUGCUCUGGAUCCUCAAAUCCACCGUGGCCGCCAUCAUCUUCCCCGUCAUGAUCUUGGCCCUGAUCCUGGUGAGGAGGCUCCUGGAUUUCGUCUUCUCCCAGCACGACCUGGCCUGGAUCGACAACAUCAUCCCCGAGAAGGAGAAGAAGAAGGAGGACGACAAGAAGAAGAAGAAGAAAGGCAACAAAGGCGACAGCAGCAGCGACGAGGAGGAAAGAGGGCCUCCCCCUGGAGCUCUGCGUUCUGACUCGUCCCCGAACGGCUCCGACAUGGACCGCAGUAUCACCCUGCACCUGAAGAUCUCGUGCCCGUCGUCUCCCGCCUUUAACUACUCCCGCAACCCCAUCUGUGCCGUGCCCCAGGUGAAGAUCGAGAUGGAGUCGGACUACGAGGACAGCGACACCGAGAAGGCCCCGCGGGACAUGGGCAGCGAGACCACGCUAUAGCCCCGCCCGCCGGGACCCCAAAUUAAUUUAAUUUAUAUCUAGGAUAGGUAGAGAUAGCGCCGCGGUCACGGACGGAUAAAGGAAACGGGGGGCGUUCCUCUCUGCCGGACAGGCGGCCCUGGCGGCCCCAAGCCCCAGCAGAUUUUAGGGUCCCACACCCCAGUGGGUUUAGGGUCACGUGCCCUGGUGGGUUUAGGGUCACGUGCUCCAUAAUUCCCCUCUCUUCCCACUGGGUGAAGGCAACGCCGCUGGCGGCGAAACGGGGCCAGAAAGGUGGGACUGGUGA